AUGAAGGGCGCAUCCGAGUUCUGGUCGGCCAUGCGGCAGAGGUGGGCGGACUGGGCGCUUGUGGGGGUGAUGGGGGUCCUGUUCGUGGGCAUGGAGUACUCGGUGGAGCCGUACGUGCGGUACAUCCCCCGGGUGGAGAUCGAGGAGCUGAACUACCCGCUCAAGGACGAUACCGUGCCGGCCUGGGUCAUACCCGUGGGCGGGCUGCUGCUGCCGCUGGUGGCCUUCACGGUAUACAGGGUGGCGUGGAAGUGCGAGGCGCGGGAGUACCAUGAUUUGGUCCUGGGGGCGCUGAUGAACGUCAUGCUGACGGCCUGCGUGACGAGCACGCUCAAGGAGAUGGUGGGCAGGCCCAGGCCCGACUACUUCAGGAGGUGUUUCCCUGACGGUGUCAUGGAAUUCGGCGAUAGUGGCUAUCCCAAGUGUCACCCUGUCAGCGAAUCCAUUCUUCGGGAAGGGAGGAAGAGCUUUCCCAGUGGGCACUCCUCAUGGAGCAUGUGCACGCUGUCGUUCCUCUCUUUCUUCCUGAUGGGCAAGCUCCAAGUGUUCAGCGGAAUUCAGUCGUUCUGGAAGUAUGUUGUGAGCUUGCUGCCAUUCUUUGUUGCCAUCGGGGUUGGUGUCACAAGAGUCAGCGACUACUGGCAUCAUUGGACGGAUGUUGCUGCGGGUGCCUUGAUUGGUUUGGCCAUCUCGUUUUCUAUUUAUAUUCAGCUUUACAGAACUCCCUGGGCGAGAGCAGAUACACAAACUCCACUAUAUCAGCUGAUGGCGCAGACCGGCAGACAUAGUCUCAAGGACAACUCGAUGAUGCUGGUGCCUCGGUCCGCAGUGUCCAUAGAAAUAGGAGGGAAGGAUGCCUCGCAGUGCGAUGACAGUGAGUGCGGCUGCAUUGGAGCUGAAUUUGCAUGCAAAGAAUUGCCUGUCUCUUGUGAAUAUGACAGGUGCAAGUGUGUGGAAAUUGUGAGAAUUUUGAUAUGUGGUACCUUGAGUUGUUCUGAACACAAGAACCCACCAGGCGAAGUUCCUGCUGUCUGUAUGUGGUGGUCUCCUGCCAUGUUUGAAAUGGAUGUUUCUGUGCUGUCAGUCUGUUGGCAGGUGUUAAUACAACUCUUGGCAGGUGUUUUCCGUGUCUUAUCUGACAUGUUGCACAACACACUCUCUACUGCAGGCCAUCAGCCACUAGCGAAUGUGCAGGCUCUCAAUGUAAACUGUUUUCAAUUGUUUUGUUCCAAUCUACCUUUGGACCCUGUGGGCUGUACCUUUGGACUCAGUGUUCCCGCCGCCUGCAGCUGCUACGGGAUGAGGAUAUUGGUUGAGGGAAUGAAUGUGGAUUUAAUGUGUUGUGGGCUUGCAAUGCAGGACUGCCCUUGCUGGAACCAUAGAGGGGUGCUUGUAGCUUCCAAGUACGGAGGGACUGCCUAUCUUCACCGGGACUCACAUUGA